AUGACAUUUGACUUGCAUUUGACAGAUCGCCUCAAGUGGUUGUCAAACGUAGCGGUACCGACUUCCAAAAAUCCAUCCUCAUUAUCAUGUGUUUUGUUUACGCCCAUUAAAACACCGCAACAGAUAUUCACCCUUGCUAAACUGAAAGCACUUGUAUUGAACCAAUAUGUCGCUGUGGGCCAGAGCUCAACAGCUACCUCCAGAGAGUCUGCAAAAGGUAUUGCACAUCGGGUCCGAGCAAUUUAUGGCGACCACUUUCCAAUCGAGGUGCGGCACUGCUUAGCGACAUGGAUUGAGAGUAGGAUAUGGACCCCGGAACCUGAAGAGCAGCAGAGGUACUUUGUAGAGGAACUCAUUCAGGAGAUCCACACCAACACCGAGUUGAUGCUGUCUCCAGAGAUGUUUGUGACCAAGAUGAAGCUCAUCGAAGCGGCUAAGAUAUUCCGGAUGCAGUACGGACACGCCCCACACGAGCUAUACACUUACAUGCGGCGUUGCUUGGCAAUGGAGGUUGAUGUUAUACAGAAUGCGAUGGGGCCGUAUGUAGCACAACCGCAGACAGAAAGAAAAUACAGCGAGCUCAUCACCGGAUUGCAGAACGUCCGUCAAAAAGUGAAUAUGGCUUCCGAGGAGAUACGAAGCCUACAAGCGAACAUCGAAUCGUUCUCCUUGCAGUACCAUGAGUGUCUCAAGAAUAAAGGUCACAUAAAUUAUCUUCAGCAAUCCGGACCAAUGACAAACGACAGGCGCGAACUUGAAGCGUGUCUUCGAGUUCAAAUAGAAGAAAUGGAGAGGAAACUAAACGCUUUAGUUGCCCAAAUCAACCAAUCGCAGAUGGAAUUAGUUGACCAUAUGAAAGAGAACAUAACAAUCUUGAGACAACUUCAGAGCCAGGUGCUGGACGAAGAGUUAAUUAAAUGGAAGCGAGAACAACAAUUAAGUGGCAACGGCGUGCCGAUGCAGUCAAAUCUAAACACGAUACAGGAAUGGUGCGAGCUGCUAGCCGACUUGAUAUGGAGCACGCGGCAGCAAGUUAACAAUGUUGCCAGGAUCAACAGCAAGACCAUAGUCGAGUUGAGGCAGCCCCACCUCGUGGAGAUGCUCGAUGAGAUGAGUAAGCAGGUGACAAGUCUACUGUCAACGCUGGUGACAUCGACAUUUGUGAUAGAAAAACAACCACCUCAAGUUAUGAAGACCAAUACACGUUUUACGGCAACCGUUCGCCUGUUGGUGGGGGGACAACUUAACGUACACAUGACUCCGCCCAGAGUUACCGUUGUAAUAAUAUCGGAGCAGCAAGCGCAGCUGCUGCUGAAGAGCGACUCGCAGAGCGGGCGCGGCAAGCAGCCGGUCGAGUGCGGCGAUAUACUCAAUAACAGCGGGUGUAUGGAGUACCAGCCUACUAGCAGGCAGCUGAGCGUUAGUUUCAGGAACAUGCAGUUACGUAAAAUAAAACGAGCGGAGAAGAAGGGAACAGAGAGCGUGAUGGAUGAAAAGCUGACGCUGCUCUUCCAGUCGGAGUUCAACGUUGGAGGUGGAGAGCUGGUCUUCCAGGUGUGGACUCUCUCGCUGCCCGUAGUGGUGAUUGUCCAUGGUAACCAAGAGCCCCACGGCUGGGCCACAGUGACGUGGGACAAUGCGUUUAGCCCACCGGGGCGGAUCCCGUUCGCUGUACCCGAUAAGGUGACCUGGGGCCAGCUGGCUGAGACACUCCGUAUUAAAUUCUGUUCGGCCACCGGAGGGGACCUCUCCGAAGACAACCUCCGCUUCUUAGCUGAGAAGAUAUUUAGUAUAAUCUCCAGGACCAGUCUCCCGAUGAAUACCAUGGAGUUAAACGCGAUGACCGUGAGCUGGACGCAGUUCUGCAAGGACGCCCUGCCCGAGAGGAACUUCACAUUCUGGGAGUGGUUCUACAUGGUGGUGAAGGUCACCAGGGACUAUCUGCGAACGCUUUGGUGCGAUCGGUUGAUAAUGGGCUUCAUACAGAAGAAGCAAGCGGAGGAAAUGCUGGCCAAGUGCCCCCCGGGUACCUUCCUUCUCCGUUUUUCUGAUUCCGAGCUGGGUGGUAUCACCAUCGCUUGGGUCGGAGAGGGCAACGAAGUCUUCAGCCUCCAGCCGUUCACGUCUCGUGAUCUGAUGCUACGGUCUUUGGCAGACAGGAUCCUAGAUCUGGCUCAGCUGCAGUUCCUCUACCCUAACGUGGCGAAGGACGACGUCUUCUCCAAGUAUUACACGAAGCCUGAGAACGAAAUGCUCAAGAACGGAUACGUGAAGCCUGUAUUGGUGACGACACUCCCCCCGUACAUGUCGCCGUCUCCCUCGUACGCUCACUCGCCGGACUCGCAUCGCAACACGCCCUCUGUUCACAACAGCUACUUUAGCGCAUCGACUCCUGCGCAAACGGAAAGCAGCUUUAUGGACAGCGAGCUGUUCGAACAGAUACGAGCCUUCGAGCCGGACGGUUUCGACGAUUUCGACUUUUACGGUGGCAAUAUGCCUAAAAAACCAGCCUUGAACAAGAUGUAG